AUCCGAGCCGAAAUGAGAUCAUACACACUGUAGUGAUAACAACAACCGGACUGGAAAUUUGCCACUCUACUGCUUGCGGCGAGAAGACAAUCACUUCGACUAAAUGUCACGAAAAACGGGAUCUUUUUUCCAUUAUUUUUGGCCGACGACGUUUUCAGAUGAGCACGACUCAACCUUAGAAAUAUGAAACUUAUAUAAAGUAGCAAUUACAGCUAUUGUUGUUGUUUGGGUGUGUCACAUGCCAUGAGGCAAUCAAUAUAUGUUGAGAACUGGAGAAGCUACUCUCAAUCGUACUGGAGAUAAGAAGGAAUAGCAUCUAGUGCAACUGACAACCAAGACGAGCACAUUCAUAUCUAUUGUCCUGGAAUUCGUCCAGAUCCACAGCACUUACAAUGAAUAACUCAUUGCAUGACCAUCAAGAUGAUUCCAGCACCUGGAAUGACAAAAAGAAAGGAAGAGAAGAGACAAUCAAAAACCACGGACAACAUCAGGAUCAAACCUUGCCAAACAUUUCUCCUCAAGGGCGUGUGCGGCUCUAUUCAGAGUCUCAGGUGUAUACAGUCAGCCGCUGGCAGGAAGCAGAGCCCCAGGAUGCAGCAUUGGUGGAGGAGAACGGAGGAACGGGAGAUGGACUUCCAUUCAGAGGUCGUUCUCAAUCCGCUCCGGCUGCGCUGUGGAAAGCAAAGAAGUACGGGCGACAGCUGAGGAGAAUGAGCGAUGAAUUUGACACAUGGCUCGACAAAGGGGAGGUCAAAAGAGCGAACAGCCAGAAACAGACCUACCGGGGAUGGUUCUCGUUCCUCUGGAGUCCCGAAGAAGAGGAGGGCAGAGAAUGAAGUAGUCAUGCUUUAUUAAACACCAUAAUAACAGUUACCAGAGAGCUGCACUGAGAUGAAGGCUGGUCUGAUCACCAUCAUGGCCUUUUUGUCAAUCAAUGUGCUCAAGCUAGUACAAAACCAAUCUGAGAGAAUGGUAAAACCACUGCAAUAACGUACGUUUAAUUAAAGGAAUUGUCAGUGUUCAUUCAAUUUGACAAUCUUAAGAGGGACAAUCUCUUCUAAAAUAUUACAAUUCAUUGGACAAUCUUUCUAUAUACUGAUUUAAAAAAUGAAACUCUAUUUAAAAACUAUUUAUUGAUAUGUAUUAAAUUCAUAUUUGACAAAGAAAUGUGUUCUAUGAUGUAUUUUAUAGAUGGAUAUAUAGAUGUGCGUUUUGUUGUACUAAAGGCUGGAGCGAUUGCUUGCAAAAUGUAAAUAUAAUUCAAGGACUGUGACACUGGAUAAAGUAAGUUGUGAAGUACAGGUUAGUGAUGGUAACAAUAAUACGGGUAAAGUUAUUUCAGUUCAUCUGUUGCUGCAUCUCAGGUUUGUUUGUUUUUUAAUGCCAAACUGUCGUGGUGAAAAACUAGUAAGAGUGGAUGAAAUCAGUUCAGAAAUCAUCUGCCAUCUCUUUUAUGCUGAAUAUACUUGGAUAUGUCACCAGGAAAACAAUUCAUCACGGCCUUUCAUGUACAUAUUUCUUGAUUGUUGAGUUGUCUGUAGUCUCUAUUGGAUUUUUUCUUUUUAUAUGCAUCUGCUGGUCUUGUAUGUAAAACAUUCAAUUGCUGCCAAACGUACAGAUGAACAAGUGCUGUUUCUGUAUUAUCAGCCUUGAUUAUACUUUCAUUCCCUUUCAAGCUCCUUGUACAUAUUUAUACUCUUUGACAUAGAUUGAGUAAUGGAUGAACUGUUUAAAUACUUUUUAAAACAAUCACAAGUUUUUAUCUUUUUUCUAUAAUUUUGUGGUCAAAAUAAAAGAUUUUCUGGCUGAA